AUGUUGAAAAUUUUGCGUGUCCUAAUGGUUAUACUCGUUUCGCAGGCAGUGUCCAGCUCGGUGACCCUGAACCGCGUGCGGUGCGAGAAGAACGCAAAAUUCUUCGCCACCCUGAACGUGACGUCUGUAAAUAGUACGAUCUACGCGGAUAUAGAGCUACUCCAGGCCCUCAAGGCGGGCUUCCGAGGACACGUCGAUGUACAACUCCGUCUCAGCAAUGCCAAAAGGUUCCAGAGUCUGGUGCAAACGGACACCGACUACUGCGAGCUCCUCUCGACCCUCAAGGACUCGCUCUUCCGACGCUGGAUCAAGAGCGUAUCCAAAAACAGCAAUUUCAUGGAAAACUGCCCUGUUCCGGCGGGGCACUACUAUCUAAAGGGCUGGCACGUCGACAUGGGCCUGGUGCCCUCCUAUCUACUGAGUGGCGACUACCUACUAAGUGCCCUGGUUUACUACGGGAAGUAUCGGACCAAGAAGCAGAUGUUCCUUGUUCGGUGCAUAUUGGAGGCAACUAUGCAUAACAAAUAG